UCAAUGUCAAGGACGUCAUACAAACGCUGGAUCAUUAUUUGUGGGGGAAAUAAGCAAUAAUAAAGUGUCUGUACCAAGAUUAUAAUGGCAGUAGUAAAUUGGUCAGGUACAAAAAUUAGUCUUGGAAUAAGUGCAUUGGUUGGAUUAGUUGGGAUCGGAUAUAUUCUAGUGAAGCACAGGAAACGAAAGCGCCAGAGGAUUGUUGAUACGAUUGAUGAACUGCAAAAGGUGCAUGUGCACAUAAAGGAUCGUGACAGAGUAGAACAAAUUCUAUUGAAACUUGUUGAAGGUGGAAAAGAAAAAUUACAAAUUGUAGCAGACUUUGACUUUACUCUGUCUAAGUUUACAGAAAAGGGCAAUAGAUGUUCAUCCACACAUAAUAUCCUAGAUUCAAGCCCAGUGCUGCCAGUGCAAUAUAGAGAACAGGCUGUUGCUCUGAGGGAUUUUUACUUUGCAAUAGAAAUAAACCAUGAGAUGACAUUAGCACAAAAAGUCCCAUACAUGGUAGAAUGGUGGACAAAGGCACACAACCUUCUAGUUCAGUGUAAUCUAAGAAAGGGAAUGAUUCCAGAAAUGAUCCAAGCAAGCAAUGCAAAACUCAGGGAUGGAUGUACAUGGAUGUUUAAUCAGCUGCACAAGCACCAGGUUCCACUACUAAUAUUCUCUGCAGGUCUAGGGGACAUCAUAGAGGAGAUUGUACAGCAGCAGUCUACUCUACAUGAAAACAUAAAAAUUGUCUCUAAUUAUAUGGACUUUAAUCACCAGGGUGUUUGUGUUGGUUUCAAAGGAGAAAUGAUCCACGUUUUCAAUAAGAAUGAAAAUGCCAUCCACAAUUCUGACUACUUUGAGAAUCUAAGCCAUAGACCUAAUGUUAUUCUAAUGGGCGACUCUAUUGGUGACCUACACAUGGCAGAUGGUGCCACUACAGAUGACGUGGAACCAUGCAAGUUGAAUAUUGGCUUCCUCAAUACUAAUAUUGAAGAAAGACUUGAAACCUACAAAGGAUUGUUUGACAUUGUCCUGGUUAAUGAUGAGACAGUUGAUAUUUGUAAUUCAAUUCUCAAAAGAAUCCUGUGAUCUGGUGCACCUACAAGACAGAUAAUCAGUAUUUUAGAGGUGCUCAAGCACCUCUCCUGUCGAGUUGAAUUUUAACCCAAUGUCCCAAAUCUGUGAACUAUUUAACCAGCUGCCCAGGACAUUAAUUAUAGAUGGAUUAUUAUAAUGGAAAUAGGUGGCGGGAGCCUGGUGAUGCUGGUUAGUAAAUAAUGCAACGGAUAUAGAAUAUUGGAUUACUUCCACUGUUCACUUAUAUAUUGCAUGUGAGUGUUUUUAAUUUCUAUUUAUUAACCAAUAUGAAAUGUCUUUAAUCAGAAGGGUUCUAGCAAAUAUACCACUAAGUGUUAUAAAUGUUGCUGCCAUCUUCUUUAAAAACUAUUACAUGGGGUUUAUACAGAAUGAAAUGGUAGCUUAGGUGACCCACUACUACACUGCCCCAGUGCUGGCUGCCAUUGGCUUGGCAAGCAACAUGGGCCGCUGUUAGCCCACGUGUUCUCAUUGGAGGACUAAAUUAAAUAUGACACUAAUUAGGAGGAAUAUUUUAAUAUAAAAGUUAAACUAGGGUGUUACAUAGAAACGGGUUCCAUUUACUGAUAAGAAUGUGAUAUUUAGUGGGUUUUACUGUAGCAGUUCUGAAAGUAGAAACUGAAUCCCAAGGAAGUUUGAAGAUAAGAGCUAUUGACUGUAUCUCUUGCAGUUUCAUUUUGAGGUGUAUGUGAUAUGGCAUCUUUUCUAAUGUUGUUUGUGUCAUAUAUAUAUAGGACUGGAGAGAUGAUCCUAACCAGCAUUCAGCCCUUGCUGGAAGAUUGCAACUUUGCUUUAAAAAUACCAUUAUUUUGUGAAGACAUUUGUGACUGGACUGGACGUUUGAGUUUGGAAAAUGUAGGCAACUUCUUUUCUGUAAUCUCAUGUGAAAUAUUGUAGAUGUUAGGCAUUCACAAAUCAAACCUAGAAGCUCACUGGUCAAAGCAUUUACAUUAGCAAGUGGCAAUAUGAUAUAUUUACAUUUUCUAUGCAUGUUUCUUCCAUGAGCAGUUUUGUCAAUCAUAUCAACUUUUUUUUUUUGGAAAACUGAUGCACACAUUUACAUUUAAGACAACCAAGAUUUUAGCUGGUAAUCAUUUGUUAUAAAAAGAACUGUUCUAUUUUCAGUGUAUUAAUGGUUUGUUUUAUUU